AUGCCAUUUCCCUUUGCACUUCCAACGACCAGCUCUGUGCCAUUCUCGGAUUACUUUGAGAGUGUCACACAUCCGUCCUUGCCAUUGUCAGCGACGACGCGCCGAAGCGUGGUGAAAGAUGCCCUGAAGAAGCACAAACGUCUGUCGCCGCAAGCCAAAGCUGCAAAUCUCCCCACAGUGCAAGAUGCUAUAACAAGCUAUGUCCCGUACUUGCUCGCCCYCAAUGCCGGGUCUGGAUAUCGAGAUGUUGGGCCCGAGAACAUCGACGUUGAAGUGAAGAAGCCGCUCGAAGUCGAAUGGCGGAGCAGUCUCUCUGCAACACUGCCGGGACGCGAGCCUCCUCGACCAAAGUUGGUAGGGCUGCACCAUGAAAUUGCUUUCACUCUAUCUACGCUCGCGUAUGUGCAGUCGCUACUGGCACGCUCCCAGCUCCGUACACUUUAUGGAUCCGAUGUACUUUCCGCGGAGCAAAGGACCGCAACCAUUGUUGCUGCGAUGAAACACCUACUUGAAGCACAUAGCAUCCACAGUUACCUAGUUUCACUGCCCUCUGUUUCUGCCGCCAGAGAUGGACCUGUGGACAUUCAGCCAUCGACUAUAUCCGCUCUGGCCUCUCUAGCUUUGGCAGAAGCCACUAUCAUUGUCGUGGCAAAAGACGACCCGUGGACGGCCGCAGUAGCCGAUGUUCGCAACGAGCAAAACACGGAUUGGAUGUUCAAGGCUCCAGACAUCCCCCAAAAGCGAAUUCAGAUCUUCCCGCGAUUAUGUCUUGCCGCGGCAGAACAUGCUGCCAAUGCUGUUGGCCUAUUCGCUUCCGAUAGCAAUAAAAGCACCAAUGAGGAUCUCGUCAAAUACGCAAAUGAUCUUCGUCGAACAGCCAGAGGUAAGGCCGCGAGGUUUCUUGGAAUAGACGCCGAGAUGUCAGGAAAGACUGGCGAAGCUCUUGCAUGGCUGAAAGGCGCAAGAAAGGAACUGGGUCUUACCGUCGAUCUGGAAGAUGGGAAACGAAAGGGUCUCAGAGGACUGAAGCAAAGCUGGCAGGAACGACGUGAAGAUCGCAAGGUCGAGAAAGGCGGGGAAUGGGGAAUGGACGGCGGAAGGUAUGAGGAGGCGAGGGUGGUGGAGAUGCUGGAGGCGAAAUGGGAUCGUGAGAACAGCACUAUGAAUGUCCAACUCGUGCCUCCUCAUGAGCCACUUCUGGCCGGAAUGCCGUCUGGAAGAGAGUAUCAUGUACCAAAGGCUUGGAGUCCACCCGUUCUGGACAACGAUGUGUUGGUGAGAAUGCGUGCACCACCAACACCGGGCGAGAAGGCUUUCAGGGGAGAAGAGGAUGAUAGCGGUGGAGAGGAUGGCUAUGCAAAAGUCGAGCCAGUCGGUGCAUUUCCUGGAACCGGCAACGACUAUACUAGGACUGCAACGAGUAGUACGUACUUCUAG